CAUGCAAAUGAGCCUAGAUAAUUGCCCGUUGCGGCAGGUGUAGUCUGAUUUUGGUGAGUGUGUGUGAGAUCAUUCUCCUGUACACCUGCGGCACAGACGGGUCGUUCUAAAGUUUAUCUGAAGUACCAGCGGAAGACUUCCUAACUAAGAAACCAACAUGAAUACCCUAAGCGUUGUUGUUCUUCUGAGCUUCGCUGCAUACGCGGCCAGCCAGGCGACCGUCAACUGUUUCCAGUGUAAGACGAACGUCGUGGACUCCGUUAUCGGCGGCAUCACCAGUGAUAACCCGUGCCUGACCACGGCGAACAACCCCAACACCACCGUACAGACCGCUACAUGCCCCACCACAAGCAAGUGCUACACCAAGAUCCGCACGGUGGCGCAGUUUGCCUUCUCCAUCGAGCGGGGAUGCUGGGACAACUACGACGACAAGGACGGAGCCGCCAACUGUGACGCCAAGGUUGACGACGGCUGUAACGGCGUGCUGAAGACUGGUACCUGCUUCAAGUGCUGCAACACAGACAAGUGCAACAAGAACUUCGCCCAGCUGGCCGGCGUGAAGAAUGGCGUCAGUGGGAGUCACGUGGUGUCUGUGCUGGCCCUGCUGCCCGUUGCCAUGGCAAUGUUCUUGUAGAAAUGCGGAUGCGCAAAAUGGCUUCAUGAUCAGUUGUACAUGUACAAGUAACAUUCUACGAUUGAAAUGUUGAUAGUUUGAAUACCGCUCGUUUGUGGGCACUGUUCUUAGUCAUAGAUCAUCACAAGCAGCAUGUUAGACAGGAUUUUAAGACAAGAGAAGUCCACAAUGAAUUUAAAGUAGUCAGUAAAAUUCAGUAUCAUUAUUUUAUACGUCUUUGUAUUUAUCAACAUGAUCUGAGCAAAUGUCUGUAAGUUGUAACUAUUUUAUGCCUUUUACUAAUUUGAAUAUAUGAUAACGAUUUACAAUCGCAAAAAAGUAUCACAAACAAUAAUAUGCACUACAAGUUUUUAACAAAAGGCAGCGCUGCUGCACAGUCGAAUGAAGUAUGUUUGUUGGGAGAUCUGACAAUCGUUGAGCACCGAACAUGCGGAAGACAUUACCUGUGCAAAUACGAGUAUAUCUACAUGUAUUACCUUAAUCAAUAUCUAAUGUUACUUUAUCGAAUGAUGCUGGGUUAAUUAAAUGCUGGAAUAAAAGCCUUGACUAUUAUGCAACAUGAAA